CGUAAAGCCUGCGCACGGUUGAUGCUCUCGGCGUCAUCUGACUGAGCGUUGGGCGACACCAGGAAGACGCAGCUGUUAUGACAGUAAAUAAAGAGAAUAAACAUUAAAAACAUUCAAAUAAAAUAUCAAUGAGCAACUUAUAACAACUCACAGCUCGCAAAACAAACACCAGGUCCGGUACCUUGAACCCUGCCGUUUGGGAUCGGUUACUAUGGAGGAGACGAACAGAGAGGCUGUUGCCACGGCAGUGCAGAGGGUUGCUGGGAUGCUGCAGCGCUCGGACCAGCUGGACAAAGUGGAGCAGUACAGACGGAGAGAGGCGCGCAAGAAAGCAUCCGUGGAAGCCAGAUUAAAGGCUGCUAUUCAGUCUCAGCUGGAUGGGGUACGAACAGGCCUCACGCAGCUCCAUAACGCUCUGUGUGAUGUGAAAGACAUCCAGAACUCUCUGGCAGACGUCAGUAAAGACUGGAGGCAGAGCAUCAACACCAUAGAGAAUCUGAAGGACGUGAAAGAUGCUGUGGUUCAGCACAGUCAACUGGCUUCAGCUGUCGAGAACCUCAAAAACAUUUUCUCAGUACCUGAGAUCGUACGAGAGACCCAUGAUCUGAUCGAGCAGGGUGAGCUGCUUCAAUUACUUUUACCUUGA